CCGGCCUGUCAGCCUUAAAUUCAAGUCGGCGUCGAUUUUCAACAACAGAAAUCCGAACACUUUGACUGAAUGCCCUCCAAUCCGGCCUGGGCCUUAAGUCAGUGAUCCCCGUACUCCGGAUCUGCCCGGCAUCCUCCACCCGGAUCCAAGCCCGUCCAUUCGACGCGACGCGAAGUGUAUUGAAGACUGCCUUGGCAGAGAGUCUGAGGAAGAGGACGGACGGUUCGUGCGUUGGCUCGCCCCCCUUGGAUAUCAUGUCGGCGGGAACCGAGUACACUUUCCGCAUGGGCGAUGCGGUUUGGGCCAAAAUGAAAGGUUUCGCAGCUUGGCCGGGUAAGAUUGACUAUCCCCCGGAGAACAUGAAAAGACCCGCGAUGAAAAAGGUGAUGCACUGCGUGUUCUUCUUUGGCACCCAUGACUUUGCUUGGCUCCUCGAAUCCGAUCUCAAACCCUACCAGGAGUUCAAAAACACCUUUUGCAACAAUAGCAAGAAGAAGUCCAAUAGUUUCAAAAAGGCUAUCAAUGAGAUCGAGGAGUUUCUCAAGACGGGCAAAACCUUCAAAGACUCGGGAGCUUCCUCGUCUGUCGAAGACGCUCAGAUGGACGCGGAUUUCGAUGCCCUGGUUUCGGGGGCGAGUAGUAAGCCCAGCACGCCGAUGUCCACCGUCAAGAAAUCGGCCAAAAAACGCAAUUUAUCCCGCGAUAGCGAAGACAGUGGUUCCAGUAGCAGUGCAAGAAAGACCAAGCCCGCCGGUCGACCCUCGAAGAAAAUCCGCGAAGAAGCCUCUCCAGAACGCGAACCUAGCAACAAUCACACCUCCGCCACGUCCACGCUCGUGUCCAGUAGUAGCAGUAGUAGUAAGAAAAGUGCCUCCUCAGCGGCCGUUUCCAACUUCUUGGAUCGACCCACCCUCCACACGCCCGCCUCGCCCAACUUCGAUCUGUCGAGCACUUCGCAAACCCUUAAGGAGAAAUCCAUCGAGCCGUCCAAACUCAACUUCGGCUUCCUCGGUCUCGGCAUCAUGGGCAGUGGCAUGGUCAAGAACCUGCUCAACUCGGGGCACAACGUUACGGUCUGGAAUCGUACCGCCGAGAAGAUAACCGAAUUCGUGCGGAUCGGAGCCAAGCAGGCCCUCACCCCAGGUGAUGUGAUCGCCGAAUCGGACAUCGCCUUCUCGUGUGUGGCCGAUCCCCAAGCGGCCAAGGACAUGGUGUUUGGCAAUUGCGGAGUCCUCACGGAGAUGACCACUACCAAAGGCUACGUCGAGAUGACCGGCAUCGACGCUGACACGUCGCAAGACAUUGCCGAAGCCAUUUGCCUUAAAGGGGGCCGCUACUUGGAGGCUCAAGUCCAAGGCUCCAAGACUCAGGCCAAUGAAGGCACGCUGGUACUGCUCGUGUCUGGUGAUCGCUCGCUCUUCGACGAUUCCCAGUCCUGCUUUCAAGCCAUGGGCCGAAACACCUUCUACCUGGGCGAGGUGGGCAACGCCUCCAAGAUGAAUCUCGUGCUCCAACUCAUGAGUGGCGUGGCAUUAGCGGGGUUUGCCGAGGGCAUGGCUCUCGCCGAUCGAGCCGGCCUUCAACAAAAGGAUGUGCUGGAAGUCCUCGGCCUCACCAGCUUGGCCUGUCCGCUCAUGGUAGAGAAAGGAAAGGCCAUCAUCGAAGGCGCUUUUCCCACGCACCACCCGCUGCAGCACAUGCAAAAGGACCUGAAACUUGCCCUGAACAUGGGCGACCAACUGGAGCAGCCUUUGCCCCUGUCUGCCUCCGCCAAUGAAGUGUUCAAACACGCUAAACGUCUCGGCUACGGGGAACACGAUACCUCGGCCGUUUACAUUCGCGCGCGAUUCUAACUGGGGAAGAUCUCCUCGCAUGAAUGCCUUUUUUACUCGAUUACUAUGAACAUGAUGAGGAGGAGGAGAGGAGAAUGAUCACAACACAAUAAUAAUGAAAAUGAUAAUGAAAAUAAUAUUGCAUCUGAUCCCUCCUCCGACGGCCUGCGGUCUCGAGGAGGCCGGGUAUGAAGACAACAGUACAAUGAAGAGGAACGCCCAAGAUAAGAGACGCGUUGUUUGGUCGAAACCACUAUUGUAUGCCUGUGCAGAAAACAUGUUGAGUGAAAGAAUGUAAGUGUACCAGCCCCGCCCCUCCUCGUCCACGUCUCUUCCCAUUUUCAUCCGGUUCCGACAAAUUCGAGCACGAAGACAACCCAUUGUUGUUAAAUCCUUGAUUUGAAAAGUAAAGUUUUCAAAGCUACUAUCGAAGAUGAAUAAAAGAAGUCCCCUUACGGAAAAAGAAACAAAUAAAACAACCAAUCUACCGCAAA